GCCCAAGUGGAGAAUGUAGGAGUUAUGGGAGGCAUAAGCAUGACCGUAAGUGGGGAAAAAUCGCACGAAGAUAUAGCAAAGCGCCGUCCUGACCACAUGGAGCAGAACCACCCUGUGACAGAUAUGCCGGCGCUGUUUGUGCAUCCAUGCAACACAGCCUCGGCCUUGCAGGAAGCCACGCCCAGUCAGGAGCUGACACCGCUGCAGUACCUGCAGCUGUGGCUUGGGAUAAUAGGCGGAUGCGUCGGUUUGCAAAUGCCAGUAGCUCUCGCUUCACAGAUAGAUAUACCCUCCCCUUGA